AUGAAACCGCCGCCCCUUCCAGAAGUUGCGUCCCUAGCUAAUUGUUCCAAUGAAAGUUAUUAUUCACCGCGUAUCUUCCAAACUCUUGGAAUACAAUCAACCGACCUGAAGCUCUUUGCUACUGGAUUCUAUGGCGUAGCGAAAACGCUUGGAAUGUUUAUCUUCUCAUUCUGGGUUGCCGAUCACCUCGGUCGACGUAAGGGACUUGUCUGGGGCGCCUUUAUGGGCGCAGUACCUAUGCUCUACCUCGGAGGUUACGUCAUGAAAAAUGACCCUGAGGCAGUCGCAGCAGCAGGUAAAACGACCAUGUCCGGAUGGGGGUAUCUAGCAAUGGUUUGCGUCUACCUCUACGGUGUCAUCUACUGCGCUUCAUGGCAGGGGAUCACAUGGCUAUAUGCAUCCGAGAUUUACCCUCUUUAUCUCCGGUCUCUAUGCAUGGCACUCACCAUUGCCGAUGAGAGGCUUUGGUCUUAUGUCGUGUCUCGAUCGACACCAUACAUGAUAUCUGAUAUCGGUUACGGGACAUACUUCUUUUAUGGAGCUCUUAUGGUGUGCAUGGGCUUUUGGGCUUGGUGGUGUAUUCGCGAAACAAAGGGAGUACCUAUUGAGGAGAUGGACGCCCUGUUCGGUGCCCCACACGCGAACAUGGAAGAUGCGGCGCCCAAGUCCGCCUGA